AUGGUAGCCCGUACGCCGCCAAUGGCCUCCCUCAAGAAAGGGCUCAAGAACAGUAUAUUACCUCAGAUUCACCAACCGCUGCCUCUCAAUAAGAGGGAGUCCCAGAAACUGCUCGACUCCAUCACAUCCUCCUUUCGAAAGAAUCUAGACAAGGAGCAUCCAUGGCAACAUCAAGAAGCCAUCGACCCUGCCCUGAAGGCCAUGUCGGUGCUGGCCAAAGACUUGCCGCGUAGCGAGGCGCCACAGAAACAUCGGCCCACAGACAGACACUUGGAUUCGAUUCUCACCAAUCCUCUCUUUUCGCAAGGGACUGCCGACUUAACUUCAACCACCGCCGCCCUUCAACAGCACCAUGAUAUCUUCGAUUCGGCGGCAUCAAAAGGCAUGAUGACCACGCGUAGGGCUGCCGGCUACCUUGCCAUGGUUCGCAAAGAGACUCAGUUCUCUAGUCUGUCGGCCACGGCCGUCUCGGGUGCUGGACUUCGCGUCGUCCAGUGGCUUCGGUCAUCGGGUGCGGAGAACUCUCUGGAAUUUGUGUCCGACCAAAUGUUGAUGCCCCUCUUGGUUCGCUUCAUGUUUGUCGAGGGUCUAGAAGAGGUGGCUUGGACGUGGCUUUCGCGACUAGGAGCUCAGCUACAGGCACUCCCGAAGGAUGGCCAAACCCAGCAGUCUCUGGUCUUCCUCCUUCAGGUCAUACGUCUAGCCCAGGCAGACAAGGACCGUGCCUUAGCAUUCUCUCACCCGUCCCUUGAUCCCUCGUAUUCGGCAUUCUUGAGGGCGAACAAAACGCUGCCAGUCGACGAUAUAAGUGUUACCAAGGGUCUGCAGAGAUAUUGGAGCAGUCUUUCAUGGGCAUCUACUGUACAUGCAUCCCGAUACCAAACACCAUCCGCACCAUUAUUUGAAAUGUUCACAGACAUUGGCCGACCUUGGAGGAAGACAUUGGACAUUGCCCAUCUUGAGCUGCACCACCCAUCAAGACCUGAUCACUCUUCAGCUGUCACUUACUUGCAUGACGAUCGCGUACGUCUUAACGCUGACAAGUUAAAGAACUCUGCAAACUACGUUGAGAGAAUGAUCAGCCUCGGCACUGAUACUGUCGACCGGCUCCAGGUCGUCGGCAAUCAGCAGGAGGCAUCAUGGGUUUCUGAAUUCAUGGCUAAAACCUUUUUCGCCUGGAAUCUUCGACCCGACGGUAAAUGA